UACACCCUGCAAACCCGUCUAUUUAUACAUUUUCGCACCAUACCAUGUGAACACCAUCUCAAUCUCUUCGAUCACAUCACCACUCCACUUCACUAUCUCUCUGAAAACACUAAAAAAUGUCGCUCAAAUCUUCUUCUUCAUUACCAAUCAUGAUGAUGUUGUUCUGUUUCAUGUUAUUCGCAACAUUGAGUUGUUGCUCAUCAUCAUCAUCAUCAAUAUUUGUUUAUGGAAGGGAAGGAAGAAAAGUUGGCGGCAGAAUGGAAGUGAAAGAUGUAAAAAACAACAAAGAAAUUCAAAAACUUGGGAAAUUCUGUGUUGAGGAGUUCAAUAAAAAUCUUGAAAGAGAUAUUCAAAACGGAUUGGUUAGCAGGAACGAUGAGUAUGAGUUUCUUAAUUAUAACGAAGUUGUUGAAGCUGAAAAACAAGUUGUUUCGGGUUUGAAAUAUUACUUAAAAAUAUCAGCUCUGACAAGUGUUAGUGGAGUUGAGAAGAAAUUUGAUGCGGUUGUUGUUGUUAAACCUUGGAUUAGGUCCAAAGUUCUUCUUAAUUUUGCUCCUUCAGUCAAUUAAUAUGGAUUAUUCCGGCCGAUGCAAGUGUUUGACAGUAUGAGGAUGUUUUUCUUGGAUAUGUACAAAUGAUCUUUUUUUUUAGUU